CGGCCCCCGGGCCUCGACACAUGUGUUCUACGGGCUCUGGCUCCAGCGGGCGUCAGCCCUAUGGGGCUCCUGCUCGGGGACGCAUCAUCGGCCUCAUGGGGUCGCGCCUCCGCGGGGAGCGGUCAUCUUUACAGCCUCUUGUUGCUCCUUCUCACGUGAGGAGCUCCCUCACAGCCCGCUGAUUGGAGAGGAGACAAAGGACUCCCUGCCGAGGCGGAGGCUCGCUCGAGUCCAUCUCACACUUUCGUGUUUUGCGCACUUUUACGCACAGUUUCUGCGCUCCGUGACUGGACGAGCGGCGCGUUCCUCUCGGGCUCCCUCGGCUCCUUCCGCGGGGGUCGGUGUGGCCUCAGGCCGGGCUUUGCCUCCGCAGACAGUGACUGGAAAAUGGAGUCUGUGCCUUUAAGGCGCCCGACUGCCUGUCGCUUUGUGCUGCGCAGAGACUGACGCCCUCUGGACACAGUGGACACUUGAGCGGCGGCACCAAACCAUCCUGGAGAAGUUCAAAGAGCAAACUGACGCGGUCCUUCUUCUGAAAGACAAGCCCGGGACUUCCUAAAGCGCCGCGAGGUCCAGAUCUGUGCUGGUGAGCCUUCAGGAUGAGGCCUGCUCAGCUGAUCCUCCCCGCCACCGCCGCUCUCCUCUUCGUCCUGUCAGGACUGUCUCUGACCUCUGGCUGUAACAAAGCCCUGUGUGCCAGCGACGUCAGCAAAUGUCUCAUCCAGGAGCUUUGCCAGUGCCGUCCCUCCGAUGAGAACUGCUCCUGCUGCAAAGACUGCAUGCUUUGUCUGGGGAACCUCUGGGAGGAGUGCUGCGACUGCGUGGGGAUGUGUAACCCCAAGAACUACAACGACUCUCCGGCCACAUCCAAGAGCACGGUGGAGGAGCUGCACCGCCCCAUCCCCUCGCUGUUCCGUGCUCUGACGGAGGGUGACGCUCCCAUAAACAUGAUGGUGGUGUCGUUCCCCGUCGCGGAGGAGCUCUCGCAUCACGAGAACUUGGUAUCGUUUCUGGAGUCGCUCGACAGCCAGGAUCCCAACGUGUCAAAGGCCAGGAACAGCCUGCACCCUGGCUACGACAAUCAAGAAAAUAUGUGCACAGUGGUGUACUUUGACGACUGCGUGUCCAUCCACCAGUGCAAACUGUAUUGCGAGUCGAUGGGAGGGUCGAAGUACCGGUGGUUUCACAACGCCUGCUGCCAGUGCAUCGGGCCGGAGUGCGUGGACUACGGCAGCAAGGCCGUGAAGUGCUUGAACUGUCUCUUCUGAAGGGUGGGCACAUUUUGCUACCAAACCAGAGAACUGAGCGCAGAGGAAUCCACGAUCAUUCUGUUAGCUUUCCUCCUUGUAAAAUACCCUCUUCAAGGCCUCCUCUACUCCUGCAGAUUGUUUUUAUAAUGCUGUUACUGUAUAUUUUUAGAUGUUUUCAAUAGUUUUUUUUUUUUUUUUUUUUACUAGAGGUGUAUAUGAAUAAUGUAUUUUUACAACUAUAGUCCACUAAAUCCUAGCCAAAUAAAGAACAAUUUGGUGACAUGGAUGAUCAUUGUCCACACAAGAGUUUGAUUUGAAGAAUAUAUAUAUAUAUAAUUAUAAAGAAAUGUAAAGCAGGAAUAAAACGUUUCUGAGGUUGCCCAUC